ACGAUCCCAAUGACGCCAGGCAAUGCGCAUGCGCGAAACUGAUCCGUUCACAUCCGGCUCUCCCGAGAGGAAGAUGGCGGCGGCUGCAGGAUCCCCUUUUACAGAGUGAGAGACGAGUCAUUGACCAUCCCUGGAGUGACGCUCUCCGCAGUUAUGUCUGGUGCCGGCAGUAAGAGAGCCUCAGGGGACGGGACAUCUGGUCCGCCAGAGAAGAAACCCAACCAUGAGGAAAAGACCCCGACUACGCUGAUCGAGCCCAUCCGCCUGGGGGGCAUCUCCUCUACGGAGGAAAUGGAUAUGAAGGUCUUACAGUUUAAGAACAAGAAGCUGGCGGAGCGCUUGGAGCAGCGACAAGGAUUUGAAGAUGAGCUUAGAGAAAAGAUAGAGAAAUUAGAGAAACGGCAGGCCACAGACGAUGCUACCCUUCUCAUCGUUAAUCGCUACUGGAGUCGGCUGGAUGAGAAUGUGCAGGUGCUGUUGAAGCGUUAUGAUCAGGAGGCAGGUUUCCAGAGCUGUGUACCUGAUGGCCCUCCAGAAGCGAAGGAGAGUUCCGUGGAGUCAGAGGCUGGAGUGAAGGGGCUGCCACCCUCAGAGGGGUCCGAUGUGAAAGACUCCCCUGAGCCUCCCUUGGCUCCACCCCCUGCUGUUUCCAGCGUUCUCCCAGAAUCCUCGCUGAACUUCUUGGCCACGUUGGCAUGCAGUACCACGGAGGAGAUCGAGCUGCAGCUGCAGGAGCGCAUGGAAUUUAGUAAGCGAGCCGUGUCCUGUGUGGUGGAAACCUCCAAUAAGCUUCACCGCAGAAUGCAGGAACUGUGCGAGCGCAUCCAGAGUGCCGACUUUGACCAGUUGGACGAAACACUUCGGUCUCUGAAUAAAGACCUGAUCAGUGAGAACAACAGGCUCCAGGACUUGUCUACUGUGCUACAGGAGAAACACCAUCGCAUCUCCUUACAGCACCACGAGCUGCAAGACAGAGUCAUCUCCUCUGAGACCAAGGUGUCGGAGAUGGAGCGCAGCAUUGAGGAUCUGCAGUGGGACAUCGAGAAACUGCGCAAACACGAGCAGAAGCUGAAUCGCCACCUGGCGGAGGCCUUGGAGCAGCUGAAUUCAGGAUAUCACAUUUCCGGAAGUUCUGGAAGUUUCCAGGGAGGACAGACCACGCUGACUGUGCAGAAGUUUGAGAUGCUGAAUGCGGAGCUGGAGCAGAACCAAGAACUGGCCAAUAACCGCAUGUGUGAGCUGGAGAAGCUGCAGAACGAGCUGCAGGCCGCUGUGCGGCUCAAGGAGAAAUUAAAGCUGGACCUGAGAACUCUCCCCGAGGAGGCCGUCAGAGGCACACAGGACUUCCGCUGCCUACAGUCUCAGUUUUCUCUCCUGUACAACGAGUCUCUACAGGUGAAAACGCAACUGGACGAGGCUCGGGCUCUUCUCCUCAACACCAAGAACAGUCACCUGAGGCAGAUUGAGCGCAUGGAGAGUGAGGAGUUGUCUGUCCAGAAGAAACUGCGGACCGAGGUGAUUCAGCUGGAGGAUACUCUGGCCCAGGUCCGCAAGGAGUAUGAGAUGCUGAGGAUCGAGUUUGAACAGAAUCUGGCUGCCAAUGAACAAGCCGGUCCUAUUAAUCGUGAGAUGCGUCAUUUAAUUGGGAGUCUUCAAAACCACAACCACCAGCUGAAGGGAGAUGUUCAGCGAUAUAAGCGCAAGGUUCGAGAUGCUCAAGGAGAGGUGAGCAAGAUGCGUCUACAGGUGGGUGCUCCCCCGUGCCCAGCCCCAAGCCUUUCCAGUGCCGAAAUGAUGACCACCACAGUAGUGAAAGAAGAAGAGGCAGAUGUGAAGAAAGAACAGCCUGGAGUUGUGAUGCGUGACCCAGAAACCCCUACUACUCCUGAAGUAAAGAAGGAGGAAGAGGAACAGAGAAAAGAGCCAGAGCGCAGUAAAACGCGAGAGCGAGAAAUGGACAGGGAGCGAGAAAAGGAGCGUGACAGAGAAAAGGAUCGAGAUCGUGACCGGGACAAGCAGAAGACAGAUGACAGUAAAAGGAAGGACUCCGAUAUCUUGAAACAGCUGAGAGUAGAACUCAAGAAGGCGCAGGAAAGUCAGAAGGAGAUGAAACUGCUGCUGGACAUGUACAAAUCUGCCCCAAAGGAGCAAAGAGACAAAGUACAGCUAAUGGCGGCCGAGAGGAAGACCAAAGCCGAGGUGGAGGAGCUGCGGUUACGAGUGCAGGCUCUAGAAGAGAAAGACAGAAGGGAGAGGAAGAAACUGGCUGAUGAGGAAGCGCUACGGAAAAUAAAACUUGCAGAGGAACAAAUUGACCAUUUACAAAGGAAGCUAAGCGCUACCAAACAGGAGGAGGAGGCGCUGCUGUCGGAGAUGGAUGUGACUGGACAGGCGUUUGAGGAUAUGCAGGAACAGAACAUUCGCUUGAUGCAACAACUACGAGAAAAAGACGACGCAAAUUUCAAGCUGAUGUCUGAGCGGAUAAAAUCCAACCAGAUCCACAAGCUGCUGCGAGAGGAGAAGGAAGAGCUGGCGGACCAGGUGCAGGGGCUGAAGACGCAGGUGGACGCUCAGCUCUUACAGGUGCAGAAGCUGGAGGAGCGGGAGCGGCUGCUGCACACCUCGCUGGCUGCCAUAGAGAAGGAGCUGACGCUGCGGACGCAGGCGCUAGAGAUACAGAAGAGGAAGGCCGUUGAAGCAGCGCAGCUCUCAGAAGACCUGAAGGUCCAGCUUGAGCACAUUGUCAGCACUCUGCGAGACACUCAGAGCUUUGUGUGUGAUAACCGUACAGCUAAGGAAAAAGAGUCAUUCAGCCUAAAGCGAGCACAGGAGGAGAUCUCACGCUUGCGGAGAAAACUAGAAAAACAGAAGAAAAUGGAAGUUUAUGCAGACGCUGACCAAAUCUUACAGGAAGAGAUUAAAGAGUAUCGGGCCCGCCUCACCUGUCCGUGCUGCAAUACCCGGAAGAAGGACGCCGUUCUCACCAAGUGUUUUCACGUCUUCUGCUUCGAGUGUGUGAAAACCCGAUAUGACUCCAGGCAACGUAAAUGCCCCAAGUGCAAUGCCGCCUUCGGAGCACACGACUUCCAUAGGAUCUAUAUCAACUAGUGGCUGGGACCACAACAUGGACAGGACUGGAGACCCUCAGGGUCUGGACCACAGUAGCCGUGUGAUGGGGGAGGGGGGUGUCUGUUCAGAGUGGACAAUAAAGAGACCAACAGGAUCAACAUGUCUGAUCCACA